AUGAAGACCCCUCCCAUUGUUCACGAUAUCUCUGAUGGUGAAGAUUCAGAGGAAGUACCCUUGGCCAGUGUUGCUGCCAGGAUACUUAAAAGAAGAAGGGCAUCUGUUGGAGAAACCCCUGUGAGCCAAAAGAAGAAAGCAAAGUCCACUCCUGUCUCUUCAAAAUCAAAACUAGUGGAUGUGCAAAGCAAGGUAAAGAAAAAGGUUGUGGAGUCCUCUGGCAAGAAAGCAAAGAAGACUACUGUGAAGAAGAAGAAGGUUUCCAGGGUUGAACUGGAUUCAGAUUUGGAUGUUGAAGCCGAUGUCAUGGACAUCACGGCUUCUGAGAGAAAGAAGUUUUCUGGUAAGCGCAUUCCCCAGGAUAUUCCUUCAAUUCCACUUGAUAAUGUUUCUUUUCAUGCUGUUGAGAUUGCCAUCAAAUGGAAGUAUGUCUUCCAGAGACGUAUUGCUAAGGAAAGGGAAAUUGGGUCUGAUGUUUUGGAAUGCAAGAAGAUUGUUGCUCUUAUCACAAGAACUGGUUUGAGGAAGGCUGUUAUGGAGAUAGGCAAGUGUUAUGAUAGGCUAGUGAAGGAGUUCCUAGUCAAUUUGUCUGAUGAUGUUGGCAAUCCUGCCAGUCCUGAAUUUAGAAAAGUCUAUGUGAGGGUUCAGUGUGUGAAUUUCUCUCCUGCAAUCAUAAAUAAAGCACUCGAGAGGAGUGUGGUUGAAUUUGUUGAAGAACUCUCUCUGGACACCAUUGCUGAAGAAUUGACUGGAGGAAAGGUGACGAAAUGGCCUGCCAAGAAGCUUCUCUCUACUGGAUAUUUGACUGUGAAGUAUGCAAUUUUGAAUAGGAUUGGAGUGGUGAAUUGGAUUCCCUCUAAUCAUACCUCUGCAAUCUCUGCUAUGCUGGCCAAGUUGAUCUACCGUAUAGGAACUGAGAUUCAUUUUGAUUUUGGCUCUUUUGUGUUUACUCAAACCCUGAAGCAUGCUGAGACUUGUGCAGUGAAGCUUCCUGUCUCUUUUCCUUCACUUCUGACUGCUAUCAUACUGACACAACAUCCUCAUAUUCUUGGUGUGAAUGAUGUGCCCUUUCCCAGAGGAAAUCCUAUAACCUUGGAUCAUCGCUUAUUCUUGGAACCUCAUGUCCUGGACAUUGAUCUGCCAUCCAAUAGGACAUUUGUGCCUGCUUCUAUGUCAGCUUCUGGAACAAAGAGUGUUCUUUCUGAAUUGGAAGAUAUUUCUAAGGAGUUGCAAGAAACCAUCAGGGUUGCUGCUGCAAGGAAGCUUAAGGUGGAUGCGUUGAUUCAAAGUCUCAAGGAGGAAGCUGGUCAAGAGGGUGAGCCUGCAGCUGCUGCUGAGAAGGAAGGAUCUGCAGACAAUGACGAGGAGCACUCUUCUUCUUCUGAUGUUUAG